UCCCUCCUUCUCUAAAGUUGCACAUGGUUUCAGUCGGAGGAAGUUUAGUUUUUCUCAGGCUCUGGAUGGGAGAGGGAUGAUGCCAGAGAGCUGCAGGCAAACACACAUGUUCGAAACUUAGAGGAACUUUUUUUGCCAGUGACCUUCAGCUCUGAUGCACUUGUUAGAAAUCUGUGCAUCCUUCUGUGCAUGUGACCGAAUCCUUAGUUUAAGUGUUCCUCUCUGUGGAAGUCAUUUUUUGGAACUUUUGGACUUUUGGUGACAAGUGGAAAAUGUUGCACAAAUGAUUCUGCUGACACCGCAGGGGUAAUUUGCUGAUUCCCUUCGUUGUGUCUGGACUCUUGCUUUGUUGGGGUGGGGGAAGAAAGUCAGGUGAAGACUGAAGCAUCACCUGCAUCAUCAUCACGCUUGAGCUUCAGCAAACUGGACGAGCUGCUUAUAGAGGAUUCUUGAGGCAGGAAUCAUGAAAGAUAACUAUGGAGGAUAUGAGAACCAGCUUUUCAAAGAGGAGGACCUCACAGGAGAGGAAGAGGAGAUGCCUUCCUUUAGAGGUCGUAGCAGAGGAGGCUGUGUGAGGUGCCAGCAGAGCAGCUCGCUCCAGCUGGCCGUCAAGGUCCUCUAUGGAUUCGUCGUGUUCCUCAUCAUCACAGUGGCCGUGCUGGCAUCACUCGUCUUCAGGAAGGUGGACAGGAUGUCGGAGGAAGAGUCCGUCUACCACAGUAAAAUCACCAAAGUUCAACAAGGAAUCGAUGACCUGAGCUCUACCUCUAACUGCUCAGGCUGUCUGGAUGUGACGCUGUACAGCGAGGAGAUCAGCCGGCUGAAGAGAGAGUUCGAGGACAUCCAGAAAAUGAUACUGGGGCAAGAGCAGGUCCUGGACCAGGCGUCCCAGUCCCAGGCCACUCUGAAGACCACCAACACCCGGCUGAUACGUGAUAUGCAAAACCACCUGACGAUGAUCAGGUUCCUCAACCAGUCCCUGGAGAGGUACCUGGAUCGGGUGGAGGCCUGGAAGGACGUGAUCGAGGAAAGUGAGGAGAAGAUGAACACUCUGAUGGAGGAUCAGUACGACGUCAAAGCCACGGCGCAUCAGGUCAACACCACAGUGGCUCUCAGUACAAUGUGGAUCGACGCCCUGCAGAGAAAAGCAGACGAGGAGACUCUGGUCCUCCAGAAGCUGACCAGCGACUGGCAGAACUACAGCCGCGUCCUGACCGCCAUCAAAUCCAACACAAGCAUCACCACGCAAAACAUGCGCUUCCUCCAGAACAACAUCGCUGCAGACCACCAGAGGAUCGCCAUGAACACCGAGGUGUACUACGCCCUCACUCAGCAGGUGAUGAACCUGCAGAUGCAGCUCGAAAAUGUGACGUCUUUCAUGGAUGAACAUGAGGAGAACAUGCAUGACCUUCACUACCAUUCCAGGUACUAUGAGAACCGCACAGGUGAGCGUUUCUCCGCCUUGGACGGUCGUCUGAACUCCAUCUCGAUGGAUAUCGACACGGUCUCCUCCAGCAUCAACGCCACCGUCUCCCACGUCCAGAGCAUGUACAAGUACAUCAACAUCGAGAGCUCGUCCUGCCAGAGCCGCCUGGGCAGACACACAGAAGAUCUACAGAAUCUGAACAACACAGUCUUGUUACUCCUCCACUUAGCCGACACCCUGAGGCAGCAGAACAUGUUUUUGAGUGGGCGACUGGACAUGGACGUCAGGAACCUGUCCAUGGUGAUGGAGGAGAUGAAGCUUGUGGACUUUCACCAUAAACAGCUCAUUACCAACUUCACUAUAGUAAAAGGGGCUCCUGGACCCCCGGGGGCCAAAGGAAACCGUGGUGAAAAUGGUCCAAAAGGGCCUUUGGGACUGACUGGAAGCAAAGGUGACAGAGGCGUCUUAGGAAGUCGUGGAUCCGCUGGAGAGAAGGGGUCUCUUGGUCCCGUAGGUAUUCGAGGUGUGGUAGGGCCCCACGGCAGUAGAGGGACAGUAGGGGUCAAAGGAGCCAAAGGUUCUCUUGGUACAACAGGGCCAGGUGGUGAAAGGGGCCAGAAAGGUGACAUUGGUCCCUCAGGUAAAGACGGUCCUCCGGGACACUCAGGGUUCUUAGGGAUCCAGGGUCAGGCAGGACUACCAGGCAUCAUUGGGCCAGCAGGACCAAGAGGAAAACCAGGGCCAGUAGGGCCAGCUGGACCACCAGGAACCCCCGGACCUCCAGGCUUGCCAUACCCACAUGACCAAAUCAACACGCAGAAGCAGACCAUGACGCCUGACGCUGGGUCGAAGAGGCAGUAGAGAGGUGGAUGGAGAUAUGGACCAGAGGAGAUUCGUCCAGUGCUAAGAAGCUUAAGAAUCAUAGUCUUAAGGAAUAUCAUCCAUUGUGACUGGAGAUGUGACAAUCCAUUUGUAUGGGAUGUGCAAGACAAUGGAAAACUUUAUGAACAAAUGCAAACACAUCAAAUUGGAGAUGGGGCUUUUACAAGAGGCCCGUCCCAAAUGUAGUAACACGGCCACAAGAAAAGAACCAAGAGGAAGAAGGUAGAACUGCAGCCGUGGACUGAACUCCUGCAGAGGGACACGAGAGGACUCAAGUCUGGAAGUGGACUGUGUUCGGAAAGACUUUUUCUUGUAUUAGGUUCAAAUACAACAGACCUUCCCCGCCUGGUUGUCCAUAUGCAAACAACAAAGUACAGAAUGAGCUUAUGGCAGAAUUAAAUACUCGUCAUAGAUGAUGUGAGUAAAAGGAAUACAAAUAAUCCGUCAUUGUAUUUGAAGUCUUGCCUAUAGUUGAAUGUACUGGAAUUAAAGAAUGUGCAAAACCUCACGGGGCUUAAUGAAUAGGACAGAUGUUAACCACAGGAUUAAAGUGGUGUUUUCUACUCGAAGGUUUACAUUCCCAUGCACUACUAUAUGGGCACAGAUAGACUAGCUUUGUGUUUUUUUUUACACAUCAUGUACACCAUUACAUAUGCUUUCUCUGGUGGAUAGCACUUUAUUGGUUCUUAAAGUGUAAAAAUUAAGGUCUGUUUGCUUUUAUUUCAGUUUGUCAGAGCAGGUACUCUGAGGACUUUGUUUUUAUCUACUGGGCAAAGCUGUCCUUUUAUGAUCCGCGUCUGACGAAGUUAAGUCGCAGAGCGGAGCUGGAGCCAGGAGGUGCUCGGCAUAAAGACUGGAAGGAAGGGGGAAACGGAUAGGAAUUACAUGCUGUAACUAUUACUUGACAAACUAAGUCCCUUUAAAAACCACAGAUUGUCAUUCUCUCUUACAGAAGAGAGUGAGGAGACCCAACCCGAGAGAGUCAGGCCCAGUUUGGACAAGAAAUAUUAAAUAUUCAGGUUCUGGUUAGUUUCGGUCACUUUAGCUACUUUUUUAAAUGUCGAUCGUGCCUGUAAUCACGAAAAACCUUGGGCUUGUGUCAGCUUUUAACACAAAACACAGAAUGCCUGUCGGAUUUGGAUCCGGCUCAGCUAAUUUUCUCUCUGGCUCAGUCAGGUUGCUUUUGGAGAGAACCCAAACUUCAAAAGGAAGCAAGGCUAGCUGUUUCCCUCUACUUCCAGUCUUUAUGCUAGGCUAAGCUAACCACCCCAGCUUCAUACCUUGCUCACUGACAUGAGAGUGUGUCUUCUCAUUGAACUCUUGAAAAGAAAGACGUAGAGAGAAGAAUUCCUGUAAGAGACAUGACAGAGGUCGAUGAAUAUUCAACGUGUAAAAAGAAACCUGCUGGUAUCAAACUACCGGUCAAUCAGAGUUUGAUGUUGUAUCUUCCUUGGUUUCUCCUUUUUGAAUUAUUGUGAUUGUGGAGCAAUGACUUUUGAGAGUGUUUACAUACAUAAAUAACCAUUUACACUUCAAGCUUUACAGAAAAGGGACACAUGCUACUUUUGUAAACCUGUGUGUUGUAAUGAAAUGCGACUGGCUUGCAUCGAACUUCAAUAAAUGCUUUUUCUUUUGGAAA